GCCAAAUAUGCUUUCACCUUUCUCUGUCUAUAUUUGAUAUCUCUUUUGGAAAUUCAAGCUUACACAUAAACUUAUUUAAAUUGAUAGAAUGGGAUUUCAAGAAAAAGUAGCAAAACCAAAUUUGAGAAAGGGAUUAUGGUCACCUGAAGAAGAUAAUAAGCUCAGAAAUUAUAUCCUUAAGUAUGGUCAUAGCUGCUGGAGUUCUGUUCCCAUUAAGGCAGGUUUACAAAGGAAUGGAAAGAGUUGCAGAUUAAGGUGGAUUAAUUACCUAAGACCAGGAUUAAAGAAAGGUGUUCUUAGCAAAGAUGAGGAAGACACAGUUAUUACUCUUCACCACAUGUUAGGCAACAAGUGGUCUCAGAUAGCACAACAAUUACCAGGAAGAACCGACAAUGAAAUAAAAAAUUAUUGGCACUCAUAUUUAAAAAAGAAAGUGCUCAAAACUAAGGAAAUUGAUCAAAUUCAAUAUGCUAGCUCAAGUUCAAAUACAAUGGAUUCUUUACAUUCAAGACAAAGAAACACAAAUCAAGAUUCUAAUAAUUUAUUAUUAGAAAACACUAACAAAUCACCAGCCAGUGAAAUUUGUGAAAGCUCAUUACCAAAACUAUUAUUUACUGAGUGGCUUUCAUUAGAUCAUAUAAACUCAGAUGAUUCUUUUAUCUUGCAAAAUGGCUAUGAUCAAAAUUCAAUUUUUCAAGAAAAUGUUAUGCAAUUGCCAGAAGGAAAGGUUGGUCAAGAAGAUCAUUAUCAUGAUAGUUUAAUUCAAAAUCUAGACAAUGAGGUUUAUUUUUCAUCACAACUUGAAAUGUCAAAUCAUGUUGAUGAAAAUGAAUUGAUGCAUUAUAUGAACAAUGGUGGAAUGUAUAUAUGAGGAACAAGCUAUAGCUUACAAGGCUGCUCAAAAAGAUGAACAAUUUGUCAUUUAAAUUUUAGAUUUAUUAAAUAAUUAAUACUGUGAAUAAAAAAGAAAUAUGAAAUUAUUCUUCAAAUUGUUUGAUAAUGCUUGUAUUCAGCUCAAAUAAAUUCAGUUACAAAGUGUACUUAAUUGUUGUUGUUAUUCUUUUAGAAUUGUUUAGACAUGCUCAUGUAAAUUUGUUUCAAAUUAAGGAU